GGCGGCGAACCCUCCUACCUUCCUCCUAUCCUCCCACCAUGACAGUCACCCUCGAUCUGAACCAGCCCAUUGCGGAGUCAUCUAAGCAGGCUCGCCGCAUUCUAGAUGACAUUUCCCUGGCCGUCGCCAAAUCCAAGCGUAUCGUCGUUGUCACUGGUGCUGGGAUAUCAUGUUCAUGUGGCAUACCUGACUUUCGCUCUUCCGACGGUUUAUAUGCCCUUGUGAAGCAGCAAUACCCUGAUGUGGUACUCAAGGGGCGUGACCUCUUCGACGCCUCAUUGUUUCGCGAUUCAACAUCAACAUCCGUGUUUUACACGUUUAUUUCGCAACUGAAACGCUCUAUCGAUGCUGCCCAUCCAGCAGAAACGCACAGAUUCAUUGAAAUGCUAGAUAAGAAGCAGAAGCUCUUGCGCUCUUACACCCAGAACAUUGACGGCUUUGAAGAGAGACUUGGUCUCUGCGGGAGCUCUUCUGAAGGCGUCAAGACCAGCACAAAGGGCAAGAGCAAGCUUCGACUCAAGGAUGUGCGGAACGUCCAGCUACACGGUGACAUUCACCGAGUGCGGUGUACCCUCUGCAGUGCAAAUCUCCCUUUUACGGAAGAGUACCUGGACAUUUUUCAGGAUGGGUCGGCUCCCCACUGCCCCGAAUGUAUCUCUCGAUCGAACGCACGUGUUGCACGAUCUGCGCGCCCAAUCAAGGUUGGCACACUUCGUCCUGCCAUCGUCCUUUACGACGAAGCACACCCUCUUGGCGAUGAGAUAGGCACCAUCCAAACAAAAGACAUGACACGGAAACCCGAUUUGCUUGUUGUUAUGGGUACUUCUCUCAAAGUUCACGGCCUCAAGAGACUGGUCAAGGACUUUGCGAAGGUUGUGCAUGAUAAUGCGCCUUCGUCACAGUCGACGUCAAAGGCACCAUCAAAUCCCUUGGCCGGCAAAGUGAUUUUCGUCAACAAGACACCUCCCGCAGGCGAAUGGGCGGACGUGAUCGACUAUCAUGUUGCUGGGGAUACGGAUGGAUGGGUGAAGAAGGUUUGCGACGAUUGGCGGAAGAUGAUACCCAAAGACUGGGAAAUUCAAACAACGUUAGAGGACACUGCCAGCUGGUCUGUCACCAAGAACUCAAUAGGCAAGGUUGAGACGUCCAAAGGGAAGUCAAAGCGGAGUCACGAUGCUGAGAAUAACCCUACAAGGGGUCGUAAGAAUCAGCCUACCGCUCCGACAUCACCAUCGAAGCGUCGAACGACAGCCAACCAUUACUCAGCCCAAGAAUCCAGUCCCAGCAAACGCCAGGCAGCAGAAGUUCCGUCCACACUCAUGGAUACGACUGCAGCUAAGCGGUUGUUCUCGGACACGACAAACUCGCCAACAAAAGAACGAGAGUUGGACUUGGAGUCUUGUGAAGUCAACCUUCCGAAACCGAAAGCACGCCGGAGGAACCAGAGCAUCACUAAAAAGUCUGGCACAGAGUUCUCGGCUAUGCUGGCGAGGAAACCGUCCCUUGACUGCGUGAUGAUUUCCACGACCCCACGACGGAGGAAAGGUGUCGUAUAGAUCUAGUUAGCGUUGUCCAU